AUGUUCACUUCUCUGGGGCUCGUGUUGGCUGCCCUCUCUUUAGCGAGCUGUGUCCCCGUGCAGCCCGUAUCCAACCGCAACAAACUCCUCCUGGUCUCCUUCGAUGGCUUUCGGUGGAACUACGACCAGGACGUGGACACCCCCAACCUGGACACUAUGGCUGCGGAGGGGGUGAAGGCACGGUACAUGACUCCUGCCUUCAUCACCAUCACCAGCCCCUGCCACUUCACGCUGCUGACCGGGCGGUACAUGGAGAACCACGGGGUGAUCCACAACAUGUGGUUCAACACCAGCACGGGGGUGAAGCUGCCCUACUACACCACGCAAGGCAGGGACGACUGGUGGGACAACGGCAGCCUGCCCAUCUGGAUCACCGCCCAGAGACAGGGUUUAAAGACAGGCUCUAUCUACUUCCCCGGAGGAAGAGCGAGGUAUCACGGGGAAGAAGUGAAUAUGAAGUUGGUGGAGCCUCCCGUGUUCAACUACAGCGACGAAACCAUCUGGAGAAGCAACGUCGACACCGUCAUCGAAUGGUUCACGGUGAACAACCUCGACUUCAUCGCUCUCUACUUCGGGGAGCCCGACUCGGCAGGACACAAGUACGGCCCCGAGUCCACGCAGAGGAAAAGGAUCAUCGAGCAGGUGGACAGAACUGUGGGUUACCUGAGGCAGCGCAUCCGGGAAAGCGGCCUGGAGUCCAGACUCAACCUCAUCAUCACGUCUGACCACGGCAUGGAGACUGUCUUAAAGACCAACGAGAUCCACAUCGGGGCACUACCUAACUUCUCGUUCAAAGACAUCCAGUUUGAGCUCUUAGAUUACGGCCCAGUUGGACUACUGCUGCCAAAAGAGGGAAAAUUAGAGCAUGUGUAUUCGGUCCUGAAAAACGCCCACCCAAAAUUACACGUCUACAAGAAAGAAGAGUUACCGAGGAGGCUCCACUACUCCAACCAUUCCCGGAUCACCCCCCUGGUGUUGUAUGGAGACCCAGGAUACGUGAUCCAUGGGAGAAUCAAGGUCCAGUUCAAUAAAGGGGAACAUGGUUUUGACAACGAGGCCAUGAACAUGAAAACCAUCUUCCGCGCCGUGGGACCAUCCUUCAAGCAGGGGUUGGUGGUUGAACCCUUCGAAAGCGUCAACGUCUACGCUCUCCUCUGCGAGCUGCUGGGCAUCGUCCCUGAGCCCCACGACGGCUCCCUGGAGACCAUGAAGCCCAUGUUGCGGUCCAGUGCUCCUCUGCCUCCUGCCAAGAAGCUGCCGGUGAUGCUGGGAAUCGCUCUCCUUCUGGGCUACUGGGGAGGAAUACACUAAACCCCCCCCUCACCAGAG